AUGGAUAAUUGGGUAAAAAUUACUGUCCGAUCCGUUCGUACAAGAUACGCAUCUAGCCCACUGCAUUUUGGUGAUGAAGAACGAGAGUACUUCCUCCGUUGUCACAGAAAAGAUGUUCGUUUAAUAUGUGGUGCUGAGUGCUUUACUUAUGGACUCUUAGCUUCUGGAUUUAUCGAUGUCAUUGCCCAGUCUUUUCUUGGUGUCCAACUUAAAAUGAUGGUUCUGCAGCCAUAUGAUUUUCUCGCUUUUAUACCAAUCAUAGAAGGAGCUGGAGGUAUUAUAACUGAUUGGGCUGGUCAGAAAUUAAGGUGGCAAGCUUCUCCAAUGUCCAUAGGUCCAACUUAUUAUCGCAUAUUUGCUUCCGGAGAUGCCCAGGUCCACCAUGAUGCUUUGGAAUAUCUUAUUAUUGCAUGA